AUGUUCGUCGAGAGCUUCUACGCCCUCUGCAUCGCCUGUGCUGCUCUCUACCACUACACUCGGACGUCCGUCGAAUCCAACGAUGACCCUGGGUUCACUGCUUUUCAGAAGACAUACCUCACCGUAUACCUAAUGGCCGUCGCUGCUGACUGGCUGCAAGGACCACAUGUAUAUGCCCUUUACCAAUCAUAUGGCAUGUCCAAGCAUGAAAUCGAACUGCUGUUCAUCGCCGGAUUUGGCUCGAGUCUUCUCUUCGGGACAUUUGUCGGCUCAUUCGCAGACAAAUUUGGCCGUCGUAACAACUGUCUCCUCUACGGUAUUCUCUACGGGUUGUCAUGUAUUACUAAACAUUCCACUAGUAUAAAAGUGCUGAUGAUCGGACGACUCCUUGGUGGCAUCGCUACCAGCAUCCUCUAUUCAGCGUUUGAAAGCUGGGUGGUUUACGAACACAAUGAGCGAGGCUAUUCAGAGGCACAGCUUGGGACACUGUUCUCCCAUGCUGCCUUGGGAAAUUCUGUGUUGGCCAUUUUCUCUGGAGUCGCUGCUCAGAAAGUAGCCGAGAUUUAUGGAUAUGUUGCACCGUUCGAUUUUUCACUAAUCGUUCUCACAGUGAUGUGCAUAUUCAUCAUUCGAACGUGGUCAGAAAAUUACGGAGAUGAAAUAGCGCCUUUGCAGACGAUGUUCAGCAAGGCCAUUAACAGCAUAAGAACUGAUGUCAAUGUCUUUUGUAUUGGACUGGUACAGUCGUUAUUCGAAGGCUCUAUGUACACUUUUGUUUUGGAGUGGACACCCGCUCUCUCACAGGCAAUUUUUGCUGCCAUUCCACAUGGUUACAUUUUUGCUGGCUUUAUGGUUGCCACCAUGAUGGGAUCAUCAAUUUUUAAACUUCUCACGAAAACUCGUCACCCAGAGGAAUUUAUGAGGUACGUUCUCGUGGUGUCAGCAGCUUGUAUGGCCGUGCCAAUCAUCGUACCAACAAGUGCUGCGCUCAUCUUCAUUGCUUUCUUGACGUUCGAGGUAUGUGUGGGCAUCUUCUGGCCUGCAAUGGGUUGCCUUCGUGGCGCUUACCUGCCGGAGGAGACACGCUCUACCGUCAUCAAUCUCUUCAGAAUUCCUCUCAAUCUGAUCGUGAUAUUCAUUUUGUGGCAGGUCAGCAUUCCGGUUUUAAACCCAUGUGAUGUGUAUAUUUCACAGUGUUAUGCGGCUCUGUUUUGA